AUGGUGUCCGCCCUGAGUCGCUCUGCGCUGGUUUAUGACAUCACAGCCGGUAACAACGAACGCCAUUUCGCAAUCAACCGUCACACUGGAGUCAUCACCACCCGCAAGGCACUCGACUUCGAGCGUACAGGUUCCUACUCUCUAGUGGUGCGUGCAUUGAGCAUGGCUGGAGUGGAGACCAGUGCUACGGUCAGUGUCCAGGUGGGAGACCAGAACGACUGUCCACCUGUGUUCCAACAGCUCAGGUACGUAGGUGUUAUCAGCGAGGCUGCACCGGUCAACAGUGUGGUCCUGGCGGAGGACGGUAAUCCUCUGGUCAUACAGGCUUCGGACCGUGACCGUAACCUGAACGCCCUGCUGGUGUUCAACAUCAUAGAUGAGACCGCUAGAUCCUUCUUCACCGUGGACUCUGGGACCGGGUCCAUCAGAACCAUCUCCACUUUGGACUACGAGACGUUCUCUGCCUUCUCCUUCCGGGUCCAUGUGAGGGACAGUGGGAGACCCCAGAGAACAGCAGACAACCCAGCUCAGGUCCAUAUCAAGGUGGUGAACAUCAACGACUCUCCUCCUAAGUUCUCCCAAGACUCCUAUGAAACGGUCCUCCUCCUCCCCACCUACCCCGGAGUCGAGGCCCUGAGGGUCACGGCCUUUGACCCAGACCUGACGCCCGACCCCGCCGUGACCCCUGCUGACCUCUCUGUGACCUCUGCCCUGGUGUACACCCUGGCUGACCGGAACCUCGAACACUUCUCCAUGGAACGUUCCACUGGCGUUCUCACCGUCAAGAACCGGAACCUCUCCAAAGACCGCUAUCGCUUCAACGUCAAGGUGUGGGACGGUCGUUUCUCCAGCACAGUGUUAGUAACCAUCCUGGUCCGUGAAGCGAUGGACAGCGGCCUCCUCUUCUCCCUCCCCAUCUACUCCUCCUCCGUCGCCGAGAACGAUGGCAACAUCUCCAUAGUGACCGUGGUGAACGCAGUGGGGCACCGGCUUAACGAGCCGCUGAAGUACACGCUGCUGAAUGCCGGCGGUCGUUUCACGGUGCGCCCGACCUCCGGGGUGGUCCUGACCAUGGGAAUACCGUUUGACCGCGAGGAGCAGGACAGCUAUGAACUGGUGGUCGAAGCCAGCAGAGUGUACGACCGACUGAGGGUUGCUAGAGUUACUGUCAAGGUUCAGGUGGAGGAUGUGAAUGACAAUGCUCCGGAGUUUGUUGACCUGCCGUACUACGCUGCUGUCCAGGUGGAGUCAGACCCAGGCUCCGUGGUGUACAGGGUCUCAGCAUCAGACAGAGACUCUGGGCUCAACGGUGAUGUCAUUUACACGCUGAAAGAGGAGCACAGGAACUUCCAGGUGGACCCUCUAAGGGGUGAACUGAUCCUCAAGCGCUCCCUCGAAGCCGACCUGUCCAACGCUGAAUACAAACUCACCAUCGUAGCUCAAGAUGGCGGCUCCCCUUCCCUGUCCAGUGAGGUGGAGCUACCGGUCACCAUCAUGAAUAAGGCCAUGCCGGUGUUUGACAAGCCCUUCUAUGGCAUCACAGUGAGGGAGGAUGUCCCCGUGUCCACCCCGGUCCUGUAUAUCAACGCUACCAGCCCCCAGGGACAGAGUGUUAUAUACACUGUCAUGGAGGGAGACCCUUCACUACAGUUUGACAUGGGCUUUGAUACCGGUGCGAUCCGUGUCAGCUACCCGUUAGACUACGAGACCACACCAUACUACCGAUUAACGGUGAAGGCUACGGACACGCAGACUGGUGCAAGGUCGGAGGUCGAUGUGGACAUCGCCGUGUUGGACGUUAAUGACAACCCUCCGCUUUUCCAGAACGUCUCAUAUUCCACCACACUGCCCGAGAACUCCAUGAUCGGCACUCCAGUAUUACAGGUGUUGGCGUUGGACAGUGACUCAGAGCGUAACUCGUUGGUCCGCUACCAGAUCCUGUCAGACGUCUACAACAGUACCGACUUCUUCCACAUCGAUAGCAGCAGCGGACUGAUCCUCACCGCACGCACGCUCGACUACGAAACCAUGCAACAAUACACCUUCAUCAUCAGGGCAACUGACAGCGGCGACCCUGCACUGAGCAGCGAGGUCAAUGUCAUGGUUUUGGUUACAGACACCAACGACAACCCUCCUUCCUUCAGCCAAUCGCUGUACGAAGUGUACUUAAGCGAGCUGGCCCCCAGAGGACAGUUUGUGACCUGCGUCCAGGCCUCUGACGCUGACAGCUGUGAUGCAAAUAGACUCAGGUACAAUAUCCUAUCCGGUGAUGAGCGGAUGGUGUUUACGAUGGACACAGAGACGGGGUUGAUAUCUCUGUCCAAUCAGAGAAGACAGGGGAUGAGGGCUUCCUUUAGGCUCAACGUGUCUGUGUCCGACGGGGUCUUCACCAACACCGCUGAGGUUUGA